AUGAGCAGCGUCGAACAAGACGCCAUCCCCUCCAACGAAAUAUCCCCAGACUCAGAGGACGGGGGCGUCCAGCACAUCGAGGACAUACACGCCGCCGCCGCAGCACCAGGCACAGGCAUAACCACACGCCCUGGUCCUGCCCCCAUCUCUACUCCCAGAACCAGAACCACCUCCACCACACCCCACCGCGUCCCAGUCCUCAACACAGCGCUCCUCCCGCACCCGUUCCGCCCGUCAGACCGCGCACGUCUGCUCGCCAACGAAGCUGCUGCAGCUGCAGCCGCAGCCGCAUGUCGUCGUCCCAUGAUCGUCCGCUUGCAAGACAUGCAUGCCGCGGUGCUGCUCCUCGACCUGCAGAUGCAGAGACCGCAGAUGCGUUCGCGGGACUCGGGCUACGAGGCGGAUGAGUCGAGUAAUGAUUCUGAUGGUGAUGGUGAUGGGGUGGAUUCGGAUAGUAGUGAGGAUGUGCGUUGCCAGGAGCGACAGAGUGGUGAACGUGAGCGUGGGCGUGAACAUGCGCAGGGUGGAGGUCGGGUGGGAGUAGCUGGGGGUGUUCGUCGUGGGGGCGUGCAGACGAUGCGUCGUUGCGAGGGUACGGUUCAGGUGGAGGGUGUGAGCAGUUCGGCGACGGUGGACGGUCCAGAGAUCCUUGUUCCUUUCGGUACACUUAUGAACUUCCCGCAAGUGUAG